AUGUCCCGAGCCGAUGCUGGACGUCUCAUCCAUUUGUCCAAAAAGCGCGAACGCGCAAAAGAGGAUAUUGAGCAGCAGCUAAAGAAAAUAGAAGAAGAAUCCACUAAAAGAGCUGCUGGAAUAUCCUCUAAAUUCACUGCGAAUUAUGACGCUGUUGAAGAACAUCUCAAAACAAAAACUGUUGGGUUGGUGACCCUUGACGAAAUGCGUGAGAAGCAGAAAGAUGUAAUACACGACCGUGAAGAGACGGUGGUUCGCGGUGAGAGCUCCAAAAUACAAAAAGCUGAUGGACAUGGGGCAGGUUCCACACCUGACGAAAAAGUUGCACAGAAGCGUGUUCUCUCAUUUGCUUUUGAGGACGAAGAAGAAGAAGAAGAGGAUGUCCCAGUCAUCACGAAGAAGAGGCUUGGUAUGGAUCCCACCAUUGACACGAGUUUUCUACCUGACAAGGAUCGUGAAGCGGAAAUUGAAAAAAAGAAGGUGGAGCUUGCCGCUAUUUGGAGAGCACAACAAGAGCGGGAGAAGAACGAGGAAAUUACUGUCGCAUUUGCUUAUUGGGAUGGUUCAAGUCAUAGAAAAAAUCUAAAAGUCAAAAAGGGCCACACUAUUUCACAGUUUCUUACGUGGGCAAUCGAGGUGCUGAAGAAGGAAUUCACUGAAUUGAAGACAAGCGUCGCAGAGAAUUUGAUGUUCGUCAAAGAAGACUUGAUUAUUCCACACUUCUACACUUUUCAAGAUUUCAUUGUAACCAAGGCAAUGGGGAAAACAGGACCGCUCUAUGAGUUCGAUGCUGCCGGUGAUGUGCGUAUACGACAAGAUGCUGCUUUAGAUUGCGGAGAAGCUCAUCCAGCCAAGGUAGUUCUUCGAAGUUGGUAUGAAAAGAAUAAACAUAUUUACCCUGCGUCACGGUGGGAGCCAUUCGUUCCCAACAAGAAGUAUGGAAGGACAAUUGAUGAUUUGUCUACCAUCUGA